UUCCAAAUUUGGAUUUCAGAUCUGUUAAUUCAACACUCAUUUCACCAUGUUUUCGCCGUAAUUUCUCCUUCAUUCUAACUCCUGCCCGAUUCCGUGCUUCGCUACAAAGUGGAGAUGGGGAAGUGGUUUUCACGGAAGUGGCAAAUUAUGAUCUUCCUAUAACUUCCUUGUACCAGGACUGACAGAAAUGGGUGCACCAAAGAAAUGGAUCAGAACACUGCUUGGUUUGAAGAAAUCUGCUAAAUCACAAUCUUUCGAGGCUGAUGAAAAUAGAUCUGGGAGUACUGGCAAAAGUUGCCACCAAAGAAAACACUCCAUUGAGAUUGAUAGUCAUGUACUUGAAAAUAAGUUCAAUCAAAAUGGGGUCACAUCAAUUGAUGAAACCAAAGCAACGAAUUUCCAGUCGGUCUCAGAAUCAGCUAGCUCCCCGUCUACUUCACUUCAGGUUCAAAAUAUGCCUCAAAUUCAACAGAAUAUUGGAGAAGAAUGGGCAGCAAUACGCAUCCAGACAGCCUUUAAAGGAUUUCUGGCAAGACGAGCUUUGCGUGCUUUGAAAGGAUUAGUGAGGCUUCAAGCUCUUGUCAGGGGUCAUGCUGUAAGAAAGCAAGCUGCCAUUACACUCCGAUGCAUGCAAGCUUUAGUCAGAGUUCAAGCUCGUGUCCGAGCUAGGCGUGUUCGCAUCGCAUUAGAGACUCAGACAGUGCAGCAGAAACUCCAGCAACAAUUUGAACACGAGGCUCAUGUUAAAGAAAUUGAAGAAGGGUGGUGUGAUAGUGUUGGAUCUGUUGAACAAAUUCAAGCCAAGUUGUUGAAAAGGAAGGAAGCAGCUGCAAAACGUGAAAGAGCAAUGGCCUAUGCUUUAGCUAACCAGUGGCAAGCCGGGUCAAGACAGAACGUUACACAUUCUGGCUUUGAACCUGAUAAAAGCAACUGGGGCUGGAAUUGGUUAGAGAGAUGGAUGGCCGUGCGCCCAUGGGAAAACCGGUUUCUAGAUAUUAAUCUCAAAGAUGGUGUCAAUAUUUCUGAGGAUGGACCGGCCGAUAUGAAGAAUGCAGCUGCAACUCAAUUCAAUUCCACAGGAAAGAAACUUGCUAAUGGGAAGGAUCAUUCACGUUCAAGUAAUAACACCAUUUUUUCCAAUGAAAAAAGAGCUGCUUCCAACUCCGAAGGCUGCAGUUCUUCACCCAACAAGUCACUCAAUGUGCAAGAAACAGCAGUCUCACUUUCCUCCGCACCUAAAACAGUUGUUGAAGACUUGGUUGAGGAAGCCACAUCAUCACAUAAGGUUGUUUCUAGAUCACAUAGUAAUCCUAAAGAGAGGCUCACUCACACGGAUAGACAAGGAAAGAAGCGGUUAUCUCUCCCUGCUAGUGGACUGGGGCAAGCGGCCCAACCAGUAAAGUCACUCAAUAAAACUAGUGUUAGAAGGUCCCCUAGUGCCACCAACCCCGUAAAGGACAAAGUCAAGCCGAACGGGCUUGAUGCCAAGUCCUCUAAACUUAGGCGACAAAGUGAUCAUUAGGAAUGGCACAAGUUCCUCAAGCAGCUACUGCUGCUGUAGAUUCUAUGUAAAGAGCACAUUUCUUGUUAUGAGUGAGAGAUUUGUUGCAGAAUAAGAAUGUAGUGUCACUGUUUAGCGGAAAAUGUGUAUUUAUUGGUUAAUUAGCAUUGUUUACGGCUGCAUCGUUGUUUGUUUCUGUCAAUAGAUCGAUUGCUGUUGCCUUUGCC